GGACAGGGACACGGGAACGGCGGUGUGAGGCACAGGGACACGGGAACAGGGACACGGGACACGGGAACGGCGGUACUGAAGUGACUCUGCCUGUGCAGCUCUGACCGUGCUGGUGCCAGGGUGUGCUGGCACUGAUGCACAUCUCAGCACAGAGCAUCUCAGCACAGAACAUCUCAGCUCAGAACAUCUCAGCACAGAACAUCUGAGCACAGAGCAUCUGAGCACAGAGCAUCUGAGCACAGAACAUCUCAGCUCAGAACAUCUCAGCACAGAGCAUCUGAGCACAGAACAUCUCAGCACAGAACAGCUCAGCACAGAACAUCUCAGCACAGAGCAUCUGAGCACAGAACAUCUCAGCACAGAACAGCUCAGCACAGAACAUCUCAGCACAGAGCAUCUCAGCACAGAGCAUCUCAGCACAGAACAUCCCAGCUCAGAACAUCUGAGCACAGAACAUCUCAGCACAGAGCACUCCUUUUCCUCCCUCCCACUUCAACUCGGGAAUAUCUGGCAGUGCAAACGGCUUCUGAACACUUCAGCCGAGUGGCUGGUGUGAGCCAUCGGUGCAAAACAGGGGAUGAAUCCUUCAAGCAUGAAAUACAUUUCAGUCUCUUCCCCACACACUUACACCACCAACAACAUCGACGUCCCUCCGAAAAUCCUCGUGCCUCCCGUUUUCCAACCUGCGAGCUGGGAAAGGGAAAGGAGCUCUGCCUCCAGUCUGGAGGAUUCCCAGGAUUCUGACUCUGAGAGCCUGGAAAAAGAGAGGCAGAACCAGCUGGCACUCCAGCAGAGGAUCCUGGAAAAUCAGGAGCUGGAAAGGCAGGAGGCUGGUGACAUCCUGGAGGAUGACAUCGUGGAACAGGACAGCUUGGAGGAGAUGAGUUCUGAGGAGACAGGAGCUGAGUAUGACACAAAAAAGAAAGGAAAACCAAAGAUUUAUGGCAGUGGAAGGAAAAAACUGCCUGUGGACAAAUAUUCCAGCCUGAGGUACAAUCCUCAUUGGAAGAGUGCAAAAAAGGGAGUGGAUUUUUUUGAGGCAGAGAAAGCAUCCCAAAUUGUUGGAGGAAGCAGUGGGGACUUUUCACUGGAUUCAUUUUAUCUCCAUUCUGAUGGCUCCUCAGAAAAUAAUCAGCAGGAGGCAAAGACCCAGGAUUCACUCCCAGGGUUUGGUCCAGAAUUAUUCAGCUUUUAUGGAGCAAAUGUGGCCAGCAACAACCCUGUUGGGCCACAAGCCAAAAGGAAGGAACCUGCAGAUGGAUUUCAUUCCAAAGAUAAUCCUGGCCAUGCCUUUCCUCCCCAGCAUCAACAGGAUCCACCCCAAAGAGCAAAAAAAAACUUUGUGAAAAAAAAUAAACGGACUUUGGGGUUACAGUCAGAGAAGAUUAAUUCCUAUCUUGAACUGCACAAUAAAAAGCAGCAAGUUCUUCAAGGGCAGGUCACGGAUCCUACACCAGUUGAUGAAGAACCACUCCAGAAUGUCCCAGCAUUCCAGACUGGGAAAAUGAAGCCUGAAGACAAAUGGUACCCAAAAGGACAGCAGCUCAAGGAGCGGCACCAGUUCCUGCAGAGAAAUCAAACAGAAUCCAAGCAGCCUCUCAGUGGAAGAGCUUUCCCAAAGAGUGAUGGCCAGGAAGCCCCAGGAGGAGCAGCAGAAGCAAAGCCUUGGAUGCAGCAAAUCCCAGGAUUUCAGGCUGCUCCCCCCGCAGUGGGGCAGGAGCACAGCUCUGCGCCAAAUCCAAAUUCUUCUCUUGGCCCAGCAGAAAAAUCCCAAAGUGGCUUUAAUAAUUUCCCAAAUUCAAUCCUUACCACACCUGCCCAUCAUUUUCUCCCAGUAUUCCAGAAUUUUUACCCAGCAGAGGUUUUAAAUCCUGAGUAUGUCAGUAAGGAGGACAAGAAAUACCAGCGUGACUCUCCAGCUGGAAUUCCACAUCAAUUCCCAGCCAAUGCCAUCCCUGGGCAGCAUUUUUCCAGGAAUAACAGCAGCAGUGGCCAGGCACAUCCAGAACUGGGGAAUAUUUCAUCUGAUUUUAAUGCAAUUUUUCAAGAAAAGGUGAAGGAUCAAGCACCGCUUCCAGAUUUCAAAAAUCAUAUUCAUGAGGAUAACAGUUCACCGACAGCUGCUUGUAGAAUCUCCCAUUUUAGAGAAACGAAGAAGCAGCAGCAGCCAAGAAUUUCUGAUUUUGAUGAUAUUGCUGGCACGUGGCUGUGGGGUUUGUUCCCACCUGCCCUGCCCCAGGGACAGAGGGGCUCCCAGGGAGAUUCAGGAAGCUCUGAAGGAAACCCAAGGAAAAUGAGACGAAGCAGCUCAGAAGGAUCUCUCCUGCAAAGGGAAAAGCAAAACCAGCCCAAAGCCAGCAAGAAGCUGGGUAGCUCCAAAUUCUGCUUCAAUCUGAGUAUGAAGCUUGGAGGCCUUGGACCUGACUAUGAAACAAUCAAAGAGAAAAAAGAAAAGCUAAAGCUGCAGAAGGAAUACUCCAGGCAAAUUAAGGAAUAUAACAUGAAGAAUAUUACUGUGGUUCAGAGGUUUCUGCCUGCAAAACCCCAGGUGUCUUCAGGGUGCAGACAGAAGGCUCUGGAAUAUGCCAAGAAGAUUCCAAGACCAAAGACUUUCAUUGCGAGGCAAUCAGAGCAAGAGGUGAAGGAGGCUCUGCCCCAGGCUCCAGCUGGAACCAGCUUACCCAAAAUCCCAUCCCUGGAAUCUUUGUGGAGCAGGCACGAGAAGGAGAAGGAAGUUGUGGCUGCUUUCGAAGCCCUUCACAUCUUAUAGGCAUUUGGGAAAUCUCAGGGAUCCAGGCUAAAGUGCCUGAAUUGGUUUGUUUUCAGCUGUGACCAUCGCAUCUUCAUUUCCCAGUCCACUGAAAUUUAAACUGGUUUAAUUAUUUUAAAAUAUUAGAAUUGCAUCUCUUUUGUUUAACAAAUAGACCAUUUGCAUUUAUAGUGUUUUAAAUAUAGUCCUCUAUUCUUUUUUUUUUUUUUUAAAUAAAUGAUCUGCCAGUUGCAUCUUCCAGACCAAUCAGCUCUUGGCUUGUCGCAGCUGGAUCAUUUUUAGACAUAUAAACAGGCAGACAUAUCUACAAAACAUUAAAAAUAAACUUCUGUUUCAUCUGA